AUGGCCGCUCCGCUAUCUGGGAUUGAGAUCCGAGGCGACCGGCUGAAGGACGAGGACGAGGGGACGGCGUUGGAGUCGGCCGGGCGACGAGACGGGCGUGGGCGCGGCUUCUUUGCGACGCGCGACUUUGCGCCGGGGGCUGUGGUGGCCGAGUUCAGCGAGCCGCUGGUGGUGGUGCCGUUUGGGGUGGCAGCAGCACAGACAUGCAACCACUGUCUGGACCCACGACGGCCGGCCAAGGCCUGCACAGGCUGCCGAGCGGUGGCCUACUGCGGGAGUCGAUGCCAGCGAGCGCACUGGACAGCGGUACAUAAGCUGGAGUGCCGGGUGCUGAAGAAGGCGCUGGAGAUGAGCCGGGAGGCGGAAGAAGAAAAGGAAAAGGAAGAGCAGAAGAAGGGAGAUGAGUCUGAUUCGACGGCACUGACUCGGACAACCCCUUCAACCCUUCGCAUCGUUCCCGCUCCCGUUCGGGCGCUUCUGCAGAUCCUGUUGCAAUGGCCGGCUGUCAAGGACACCGUGGCCGGGCUCGAGGGCAACGUGGCUGGCUUCCGGGCCCGGCCGGACCUCUGGAAAGACUUUGAGGUGCAGGCAUCGGCGGCCUGCGCGCUUGCCGGCUGGCCGGCCACGGACGCGAGCCUCGCCAUCGCCGUUGAGGCCAUGUGCAAGAUCCACACCAACUCGUUUGACCGCAGCGACGUCGACGUCGCCUACACUGGCACCUUUCUCGACGCCCAUCUGGCCAUGGCCAACCACUCGUGUGUGCCCAAUGCCGUCGUCUCCUUUGCCGGCCGCAAGGCUUUUCUGCGGGCUGAGCAGGCCAUCCGUGCCGGCGACGAGGUCACCAUCUCCUACAUUGAUUACACAAAACCAAAGUCAGUCCGCCAGCGUGGCCUCGAUCUCUACCACUUCACCUGCGACUGCGCCCGCUGUGCCGACGACCUCGACGUCUACCAAGUCUGCCGCGCGUCGCCGUUGGUGGCCCUCAAUGCCUUCAGCUUCGUCCCCAACGUCGCCGUCCUGCGCAACCCCCCCCUCGACCGUAAGGGUCUCCCGGUCACGUCUGCCCAGAUCGACCAGAUCUACGACGACUGUCGCCCCGAGCAGCCCGUUCCGCCGUCUGGACGUCUCGCCAGCCUGCGCCGCGCCUGGGCUCUCUGUCGCCCUCUCGUCCGCGCCCGUCGAUGGGCUGUCGAGCCGCUCGCUCAUGUCUUCCAGCAGGCCAUCGUCUACUACUCGGAGCAGCACAACUUUGCCCACGCCCUCGCUGUCGAGUGCUUCGUCGCCCUACGCAGCGACCCCUACAAGUAUGUCGCUCCCUUUGCCCAGUGGCGCCUCAAGGGUCUCCUCUUGAUCGCAAAGACCAUCACCAACACCGCGAUCGAUCCGACGCCGUCUUCAUCACCAUCAGCCCUCCAGGCUGCCCUCGCCCCGCUUGCUGACGGCGCCCUGUACGAGGCCAUCCUGCUCAUGGUGCUGCGCUAUGGGCCCAUGGGCCACUCGGACGAGUGGGAGCUUCUCGACACCGCCCGCGAGAUGCUGCAGGACGUCCGGAGUGUGCCUGACCGCGACCUCAUUUCGGCCGCUCUCCAUCACUGGAUCCAGGACCCGACCGAGCCGGCCGCUGCCCGCUUCUUCCGCGACAACAUCCUGCCGCCCGUCGAGCGUCUGGCCGACCUGGCCGUCGACAUUCUCAAGGCAGACCUCGAGCCACAAUCCAUAGAAGCAGCGUGA